GAGAGCUGAAAUAAACUCAGCUGGUAAUUGGUAAACACAUAAAGUGAAAGGGAAGAAUGAUUUUCAAAUGCAUUGAUUUCCACCUGUUGAUCGCUCUCCAGCUAUGGGCCCACCACCGCCACACCACCCGCACAGGUGUCGAUCCCCUAAUUUGCAUGGCUGCCGGCACCCUGUAAUUUAUAAACCUUCACCGGCAACGAGUCCCGAGUAAACAACAAUUACUCGCUCUAACGCCUAUCGCUUUGCGCGUUUUCUCAUAAUGGCCUCCUCCCAUUUUGCGAUUCUGGUGCUGAUUGUGGCGGCAGCGGCGGCGGCGCAAAUUGCAGCCGCAGGUGGUAGGCGGCUGAGACCGUGGGAUCCCAUUAUCCGGUGGCCGGUGGGCGGCCGUGAAGAGGAGGAGAACGGUACCAGGUGGGCGUUGCUGGUGGCGGGUUCGAACGGGUAUGGGAAUUAUCGGCAUCAGGCUGAUGUUUGCCAUGCUUAUCAAAUACUUAAAAGGGGAGGUCUAAAAGAUGAGAACAUCGUAGUUUUCAUGUACGACGACAUUGCAAUGAAUGAGCUGAAUCCAAGAAAAGGAGUUAUAAUCAACCAUCCAACUGGUGAGGAUGUCUAUGCGGGCGUUCCUAAGGAUUACACUGGCAAGCAAGUCACUACAGAGAACUUGUACGCUGUUAUCCUUGGUGACAAAAGUGCCGUGAAAGGUGGAAGCAAAAAGGUCAUAAAUAGUAAGCCGGGUGAUAGGAUAUUUAUAUACUAUUCUGACCAUGGUGGACCAGGAGUUCUUGGUGAGUUCAAUCUAAUCGAACAUCAUCUUGUGAAUUUUCAGUUUUCUACAACAUUGUUCUUGCAUAUUUCGUCUGAUCUCGGUGAUAGAGACUUCAUCGAUGUUCUAAAAAAGAAACAUGCUUCGGGGACCUACAAAGAGAUGGUUAUAUAUGUCGAGGCGUGUGAAAGUGGAAGUGUAUUUGAAGGUAUGAUGCCUGAUGAUCUGAACAUCUAUGUGACAACAGCAUCAAAUGCAGAAGAGAGUAGCUGGGGAACAUACUGUCCAGGGAUGAGUCCUUCACCGCCUCCCGAGUAUAUUACGUGCUUAGGCGAUUUGUAUAGUGUUGCUUGGAUGGAAGAUAGGUUCUGUAUUAUCCCAUUUCAAUGUCCAACUCGUGUUUUCUUGUCUGCAGCGAGUCCCAUAACCUCCAAAGAGAAACAGUCGAGCAGCAAUAUCAGCAGUUUAAUGUUUCCUUUUUCACUUUCCCCCUCGAACUUUUUAGCUCCGAGUUUAUUGAUUGAGCUCAAAUCAAGCCUAUGGUUGCAGUACAAGAAACUAGAGCACAGUGGAGAAGACAAAGAAGAGCUUCUCAAGCAGAUAACAGAUGUGAUUCUGCACAGAGAACAUCUCGAUGGCAGCAUGGUCAUAAUCGGCCUUGUUUUAUUCGGUCCAGAAAGAGGCCCGUCUGUUCUCAAAUCCACGAGAGGCCCUGGUUUGCCAAUUACAGAUGAUUGGGAUUGUUUGAAAUCAACGGUUCGGCUUUUUGAGGCGCAUUGUGGUUCGUUGACUCAAUACGGUAUGAAACACAUGCGGGCCUUUGCUAACAUUUGCAAUGCUGGGGUUUCGUUCGAUAGAAUGGAGGAAGCUUGUAUGGCUGCGUGUAACGGGCGCGACUCGACUAAAUGGAAUCCUUCGAGCGGUGGUUAUAGUGCUUGA